UAAAGCCGACCUCACGAAAGAUUACCGCCGCCGAAUUGGAAUUGACACUUAGUUGUGUGUUUCUGCGCGAGGGCAAAGCGACGGAUGAAGACAUGCAGAGCGUCGUUUCUCUGAUGUCCGUCAACAAUAAUUGUGAUGUUGCUCCACUGGACGACUUAGAGGAUAUACCCGAUCUGGAGAGUUCGGGCGAUAUUUCGGAUCAUUUAUAUGAUUUCACGCAACAGCUGGAGCAAAUGACGACUAGUUUGAACGGUUGUAUGGACCUGCCAACGCCAUUGAGUGUUCCUUCCUUGUCCGAAGACCCAACUCCAUUGGCCGAACAUAAUCGUUUGAAUUUUGAAUUCGAAUCAGAGAAACAAUUUGACUUCGAUGUCAGCGACGAGCUGCUUAAGACGCCCAGCGCUGCACAACCUCAAGUGCAGCAACAGCAACCAGAUCAACAGUCUGAGAGGGAAAACACCGUUGCUGAUAAAGAGCCGAAGCAUUCAGUUCCUGCACUGACGCCUGCCCAUCCAGCGGGAGUGAAGAGUAAAAUUGUUACAUCGACCCCAAUUGCCAACUCUGGCACUGCCAAGACGACCGAACGCAAGCCGAGCGCAGUGAGUGAAGUUGGUGCGCGUCGCUCAAUCGACUUCCAAGGCGCCAAGACUAGCAGCACAAGCAACAGCGAGGAGUCACCGCAACAAAAUGGCGAAAUCAGCAAAGUGGUGGCCAGCGCUGCAGUCUCUGUUACAGGUGAAGCUGGUGAAAAGACACAAUUGGCAGAAGCGAAAGCUGAGGAAAGGCCAACUAAGUUCAGUGGCACCAAGUCUACAACACUUAGCUCCUUGCUGUCUAUGUCGACCCCUACUGCAGCAACAGCAACGACACCAAUUAAACCGGGUGAGAGUGAGGAGUCGAAGAGCAAGUCGGUAAGCGUUGGCAACGUUGCGCCGCCCAAACCCGCGCGUAACGACAUCAAACGCGCCGAAUUGCAGCCGCUCAAUUUGAAGAAGAGCUAUGAGCAUGACAACAACAGCAAGAGCAACAACAGCAUUGCCAUGACCAACAGCAUCAGCAAUCCAAACAACAAUAAUGUGAGCAGCAUUAACAGCAACAACAGUCUGACGGUGAAUGGUUCCGCUAAGACAGUGGAGAAAAUCGUCUUGAAAGAGAAUACACCAGGGCAAGAUUUGCUGGAGUGGUGCAAAGAUGUGACUAAGGACUAUCCGAAUGUGAAGGUGACCAAUUUGACGACCAGCUGGCGUAACGGCAUGGCGUUCUGUGCAAUCAUCCAUCACUUUGAGCCGGACCUGAUUGACAUGUCGAAAAUCUCCGCACACGAUGUGGUGGGCAACUGCCGCACCGCCUUCGAUGCCGCCGAAUCGCUUGGCAUACCGCGCGUCAUUGAGCCACGUGACAUGAGUUUGCUGGCUGUGCCGGACAAAUUGGCUGUCAUGACGUAUCUGCAUCAGUUGCGAGCGCAUUUCACAGGCAAACAAUUGCAAAUUGAACAAAUUGGACCCACGUCAGACGAGUCAAGUUAUGUGAUCGGUAAUUACAAGUCGGACAACCUUUCGCAGAAUCUACUCAAUUUAAGCCACUUGAAAGCGCAAUUGUUGCACCAGAAUUCGCUCGACGACGACAUCUUAGGCAUCGAGACGAAAAACAAUUCAACGCCAGCGCAACCUUCGCCAACGGCGAAGAAGGAUGUAAAGAAUUUAAUACUCGCGGGCUCGAAGAAUAUUUUGGGCAAAGUGCUUUCACCAACAAAGGAUAAGAAUUCGAUCAAUGCAUCACAUCAUAGUCAUGUGGGCAAUCAGACAGCUCCCAUCGAGGACAAGGAGAAUACAAAUGCCGACACGGGUGUUGGUGCUUCAACGGAUGACUUUUAUAAUAAAUCGAAUUUGGUGCGAUCAGAAACAAAGCAGGGGACGCCCCAUUCGCCAACAGCGCUGGAUCCCAAUGCGGCGAAUCGCAUUUUGUCUCGACACAAAGAGAUGAGUGAAAAAGCUAAAUUGAUGAUCGAGAAGCUGAAAAUUUCCAACGGCGUUGAGCGCAACGAGAACGACGAGGAACGUCAGCUACGUUUACGUGAGCAAGCGCGUCGCCUAAUUCUCGAGACUCGUACCAAAUCAGUUAAUGGCGGCGGCGGUGGCGGCAACUUGGAUAGCCCGACCACACCCACCAAGCUGAAACGCAUGAACUUCUCACCUGAACGCACCAUUUCACCCAUCCACAAUGGCAUCGAGGACUAUGGUGUGCCAAGCGUGGGCAACAAUUCACCAACAAAGGUGCCAAUGUCGCCAACGAAGAAGAUCACACCGCCGCGCGACGUGGAUGCCUUGUCAGCGACAACCAAUAGCAAUAGUAAAAUGUUGAGUCCUAGUCAUAGAUUAAGCGAACGCUUCAGCAACGGCACGAGCAACAGCGGCGGCAACAGUCCACUGCAGUCAUUCAAUGCCGUCAUGGAGCGUAUCUCACCAAAGAAUGAUAAGAAGGGUGACAAACUCUCCUACAUCGAAUCGGAAUUGGAAGCGCUGGAGCGUGAACAGGUAGCCAUCGACCAGAAGGCAAGCAGCCUGGAGAAGAAACUGCGCGCAGUCAUGGGCGGCAAUCCAAAAACCGAUGAAACGGAGGAGCAAUUGCUGUCGCAAUGGUUUACGCUCGUCAACAAAAAGAACGCGCUGCUACGACGCCAAAUGCAGCUCAAUAUACUUGAGCAAGAAAGCGAUUUGGAGCGCAAAUACACGCUUUUAAAUCAGGAGUUGCGUGCCGCGCAGUCCGUUGAAGAUUGGCGGAAAACGGAAGCACAACGUGAAAAGGAGCGACUGCUGCUCGAGGAACUAGUGUCCAUUGUGGACAAACGUGAUCAGUUGGUGCAGCACUUACACAGUCAGGAAAUUGCUAUCGAGGACGAUCAUGAGAUUGCGCGUGAACUGGAACAGGUGGAUAUCAGUGGCGACAAGGACAAGUGCGUUUUGCAAUGAAUCGCCACGGCGCUAAAAUUUAAAAUAUGUCUCUCGUCCGCAACUCGCAACUCAGUGAAGACGACUCUUAAGUAAAAAAACAAUUAAUUCGCAUUAUCUAAACAAUUUUUACAAUGCGUUUACGCAUAAAAAAGCGUAACUUAUUAUGAAGAAACGUUGAAUGAAAAUUCUGCGGUAGUUAGUCUUCAAGAUGAAUUCAUUUUCUACAACAGCGACAGUCAAGUCAAGUAAAAAUUUUCCUUGAGCAUAGCAAUUACUUAUUGAUUAAUCAACAAUUUGCUUGUUUGCAUAAAUAAUUCCGCCUUACGAAAGCGUGAAUGAACCGAUUUGAAAUUAAAAAUCAAAUACUUAGGCCGAUACACUGGGUGACAUAACAAGUGGUUUUGUCAUUAGGCCAUACAUUUUUGUAGGGCUAAAAAUUCGUGACAAUGUGGUGGUUAUGACAGCUGGUGAAUGCCCUAACUACAUACAUACCUAUGUAACAUUUGGUUCCUGAGCCUUUCGUUUACUACUGAAAAAUCUAUAUCACUGUUUAUUUUUUAUGAAUGUCUAAGCGCCGAUGCACAAUUCUAAACGAACGGCAGCGUUUGCAAUAACUGUGAACGCGGACAAUUACGAAGCACGACCCUCUACUGAACACACAAUAUAAAAUGGUCGAAGUUGCAGAAAAACCAAAUUGCAAUAAUACAAAUUGAAUUUUCUCUUAUUUAAUUUUUUUUAUAGACAAUUUUAUUUCGCGCUAUAUAGUACACAUGUAUGUUAAUUCAUCCGAAGUACUUUUAUACCUUUAAGUUUUAUUAGAGAAUAAUUCUUUUUAAUAAACUCAAAAUUAAAAUACUAAAUAAAAAAAACCAAAACCUGUUGCGUGCAACUUAAACACAAAUUUGAAAAAACGUCCGUUAGUUUUGUAAGCAAAAGUAACACAAAAGAAUAAAAAUCAACAUAGUGAACAAAUAUGAAAUAAUUUAUAUUGUCCUAAGACCUAAAUCCCAGUUUUGUACGGUUUUUGCUUCACACGCUUCUUUUUUGUGCCAUUCUUUCGUUCAGCCAACACGACCGUUUAACGAUACUCAUUUCAACGCUUACACUGCUUUUUACAACUAUUUUACUUAAUUCGAAUUGAAUAUCCAGUUUGCUAUACAAAAUAUUAUUUGAAUUUCAAGAAAGUCAGAGAAGAUUCGUUUGAGUGGUACUUUUAAAAUGUUGAACUUAAAUUAGCUGUAUCAAUGACUUCAGCUCAGUUAUGGUUUUGCAAUGUUCUUUUUUCAUCUAAUCUAUCAAUUGUAAAUUAUUUUUAAUUGUAUAUUUAAGCUGUAAUUACAUACAUUUAUUUUUUGAUAGUGGUUUAGUUUAUAAUUUGACUAGUGUGAUCCUAACUGUUAACUGUACCUACCUGUUUAUUAUUAAACAACAAAAACCAAGUAAAAUAUAAAAAUACGUGUUUAGUUUCAUAAUUAUUAUUAUUAUUUUUAAAUUUAUUAUUAGGUAUCGUUUGGUAUUAAAUUGCUUACCGAAUAGAAAUUGGUGACUAUCGACUUUUGUUUUUACCUUCACCCCCAAAUUAUGUUAUGAUUAUUUAGUGCUUUUGAUUUCGUUGCCUAUGGAUCUAACGCGAAACGUUGCAUUGAUGGCGUUUCAAAAAUACUUAAAAACCUAUAAUUUUAAAUGUACUUUAAAUGGAACUGCGAACAGAAAAUUAUUACGUUUAAGUGAUCUAUUGAUAAUACAUGCAUAACUAGAUAUGUAUAUGAAUGAUAUAUGGAUAUGUACUAAAUGUGAAAUAAUCAACAAAA